UGUGAUCAGUGCUACUCGCCUUCAUUGAGUCGAGCGCGCGCACGACGCUCCACGCGCUGCUGGAAAACGAAGAGCAAGAUGGCGGUGGCCGUGCGAAGUUUGCAAGACCAGCUUGAAAAAGCCAAGGAAAGCUUAAAGAGCGUAGACGAAAAUAUUCGGAAAUUAACCGGCAGAGAUCCGAGUGAAUUAAGACCGGGUCAAACUAGGAGACUGUCCAUCACAGGCCCAGGUGGAGGUAGGGGGCGUGGAAUCAAUUUGCUGAGGCGUGGACUCUCAGAUAGCGGUGUAGGACCCCCAGCCAAACAGAGAGACAUCGAAGGGGCACUCUUGAGGCUGGCAGGGGAUCAGCGAGCCAGGAGAGAUUCACGCCAUGACAGCGACGCUGAGGAUGAUGACGAUGUCAAAAAACCAGCGUUGCAGUCAUCUGUGGUUGCUACCUCCAAAGAACGUACGCGCCGAGAUCUUAUUCAAGAUCAGACCAUGGACGAGAGAGGAAAGCAGAGAAACCGGCGCAUGUUUGGCCUAUUGAUGGGAACAUUGCAGAAGUUUAAACAGGAGUCUACUGUGUCCACAGAGCGGUUAAAAAGACGGCAAGAAAUUGAGCAGAAAUUGGAAGUGCAGGCAGAACAGGAGCGUAAAAAAGUUGAGAGUGAAAGGAGAGAGCUCUUUGAAGAGAGACGUGCCAAACAAACCGAGCUGCGACUUCUGGAGCACAAAGUGGAGCUCGCUCAACUGCAAGAGGAGUGGAAUGCACACAAUACAAAGCUCAUCAAGUUCAUUCGCACGAAGACCAAGCCCCCAAUCUUCUACCUGCCUGGGCGAAUGUGCUCCGCUACUCAAAAGCUCCUGGAGGAGUCUCAGAAAAAAUUAAAUGGUGUUUUUGAUGAAAGACGCGAAGCCUUUGCUGAGCAACUCAACAAAAUGGAGGCUCGGCCAAGGCGUCAGUCCCAGAGGACAGGUGACAGAGAAAUGGAGGAUAGCCGUCGGGCUGAAGAGACGAAGAAAGAAGAUCAAGAGGAGGGUAAGGCUGGAGUAGGGCGGACAGGUAACAGGCAUGAUGUGGAGAUUGAGGAUGAGGAGGAAGAUGUAGUGGAGGAGGAAGGAGAGGAGAGCUCAGAGAUCAGGGAGAGGGAGGGGGAGCAGGAGCAGGCCGAGGAGAACGAUAAACAUGAGAGUGAGAGGAAGGCAGAGGAAGAUGAGGAGGAGGACGAGGAGGAGGAUGUGGGAGCAGUUAAGGAAGACGAGGAAGAGCAGAUGGAGGUCACGGAAGUUGUGAGGGAGGUUGAGGCGGAGAGUAAGUUGCAGGUUGAGAGUCCAGAAGCCAUAGUUGAGGAGGUAGGUAAUGUGAAAAGGGAGGAAGAGCAGGAGACCGAGAAUGAGACUCAGCAGGACGUCGUAACGGACUCUCAGCAUACCCCCGAAAGCCAGAUGGAAACACAGCCUGAGGAGUGUAAAGAGCCUAAACUGGACAUCCCAACCCCUGGUGUGACAGAACAUGACACCAAACAAGAUGACGCUGCGCCUGAGACCCAACAGCCACAGCUUGAACCUGACCCAGAAGUCCCCUCUCAAGAGCAGAGCCAAGAACCGUCAGUCCAACUGCAAGGAGCCAAAGCGGACACAAAGGAAGCUGGCGAGGAGGCCGAUGACGCUCGCGGACGCACCAAAGUCCGGGAAAAGAGGAGCAAGAGCCGAAGUAGCAGCAGCUCCUCUUCCAGUUCCUCUUCAAGCUCAUCAUCCAGUGGAUCCAGCUCCUCUUCUAGUGGCUCCAGCAGCAGUUCCUCUGGUUCCUCCUCGUCGUCUUCCAGUUCACGCUCCCGCAGCCGUGGCAGGGAUAGAGACGGCCGAGACCACAAACGCCGUCGGAGACCGUCGGACAGGGAGCGUAGGAAGAGCGGCAGCGAGAGGGGACACAAGUCCUCCAAAGGCAGCGGACGGGAAAGCAAGGGGUCCAAAGACAAGAACUCCAAACCUGACAGGAAGAGGAGUCCGGAAGGAAGCAGGUCAGGGAGAAGGUCCUCCAGAAGCGAGAGAGAUCGGAAGUCUGAUCGAAAGGAACGACGUUGAGAAGAUGAUGCUUCCAGUCUUGCAUAAUUUCUUCAAGGCCGUUGUGUGGUUACCUUAGUUUUUUGAGGUGCAGUUGCCUUGCUGUUUUUGAGUAGGUUUUACAUUUGAAGUCUCCAUCUCCGUCUUUUUCUUUUUUUUUUUUUCCCUUCUAGUUUUGUCUGGCAACUGGUUAUUUCAGUGUAUCUUGGAAUUUUUAAGAUUUAUAAACUCUGCUUUUACGAGCCAUCACACUAAAUGUAUUGAUUUCAUGCUAUAUCAGAACUUCCACAUUAUUUGACAGAAGUAAUGCUUCAAAUCUGCUUCUCAUGCUGAUCCACCACAGUCCUACAGCUGAUCCACCACAGUCUUGCCAGUUCCUGCCACUGACUUUUUAAGUUAUGUGAUGCCAUACUAACGUGACUUUUAACAUUCAGUGAAUAUCAAGCAUCCAUUCUGACAGCAUCUUGCGGUGAUGAGGUUCUUUUUCUUGUUGGAGCAAAAUUGUCGUCUUUUUUUUUUUUUUUUUUUGUAUAAAUCAUUAACAUGGGGAAAAAAACAUUAAAGACAAUUUCUCUUCA